AUGAUUAUUCCUGUCCGGUGUUUUUCUUGCGGCAAGGUUGUCGGUGACCUGUGGGAACGAUAUCUGCAGUUGCUUGACGACGGUAUUCCUGAUGGUGACGCAAUGGACCAGCUUGGUUGCAAACGGUACUGCUGCCGUAGGAUGAUCAUGACCCAUGUUGAUUUGAUUGAGAAACUUCUACGUUACAACCCGGCGGAGAGGGCGAAGUCAAGGAGCCAAUUGAUAUAA